AUGGCUGCCGGCGCUCCUCUCUCUCUCCGCGGGCAAAACCACGAAUUCGCCCUGCCCAUCCCCCCACCACUGUUGCACACUCGCUCCUCCAACACCCUCGACCAUGGCGCUCCCGGCACACCCACUCGCGAUGCCGAGGCCUUUAUCUCCCCUGUUCAGACACCACAUGGUAGCCCGAGCAAGAACAAGAUGCCACCUGGUGCAUUCGACCUGCCCGACGUCUUCUCCAAUGCCAUGAAGCUGGUCCCCACCCAAGGCCAACCCAACAGCAAGGCACUACAGCCGGCCGCCUCCACCAACAACAAUCACAAUGUCUACUCAGAACCAUUCUGCGGGCAAGACGCCAAAGGUGGCGCACCAGGCAGUCCCCUCCGCAAGCAGGGCAAAGAAAACACCCCGCCAACCAAUCGCCCACAACUCCAGCAAACCAAUUCGUACCAGAGUCAAGCAGCAGAGCGAAGACAGGAGCCGUAUAGAACGCGGGGAGACGAGCAUUCGCCCACUCGGCCCAAGACGGGUACCAUGACUGGAGCUCUCACAUCCGAGGAUAUCGAGAAAUUGACCAAGCCGGCGGUGAAGAGGUUGGCGAAUGUGACACAGCUGUACUUCUUGGAUUACUACUUCGAUCUUCUCUCCUACACUCAUGGCCGUCAGAAUAGAUUACAGGCGUUUAAGCAACACAAUCCUGCUCCCACGGAUGCUACACCAGCGGCAGAAAAGGAAAAGUACGACGCCCUGUGGUCACAAUAUCUCGGUCAUGAGAGGGCGAAGCUGAGACAGAGGCGUACGAGGAUGAAGCAUGGAGACUUCCAGAUCCUGACCCAGAUCGGGCAGGGUGGGUAUGGACAGGUCUACCUAGCGAGCAAGAAGGACACUCGUGAAAUCUGUGCUUUGAAGGUCAUGUCCAAGAAACUUCUCUACAAACUCGACGAAGUCAGACACGUAUUGACAGAAAGAGACAUCCUCACCACAGCCAACUCAGACUGGCUCGUCCGCCUCCUCUACUCUUUCCAAGACGACAACUCCAUCUACCUCGCCAUGGAAUACGUGCCCGGCGGCGACUUCCGCACCCUCCUCAACAACACCGGCGUCCUCCACAACCGCCACGCCCGCUUCUACAUCUCCGAAAUGUUCCUCUGCGUCGACUCCCUCCACCAACUAGGCUACAUCCACCGCGAUCUCAAACCCGAAAACUUCCUCAUCGACAACACCGGCCACGUCAAACUCACCGACUUCGGCCUCGCCGCCGGUUUUCUCGCCCCGGCGAAGAUCGAAAGCAUGCGCAUCAAACUCUCCUCCGUAGGCGACAUGCCCGCCUCCUCCAUCCCCUUCGGCCGACCAAUCGAAGAGCGCUCACUAAAAGAACGCCGAGAAGGCUACCGCUCCCUCCGUGAACGCGAUGUAAACUACGCCAAAUCCAUCGUCGGCUCCCCGGACUACAUGGCCCCCGAGGUGCUGAAAGGGGACGAAUACGAUUUCACCGUCGACUACUGGAGUCUAGGCUGCAUGCUCUUCGAAGCCCUAGCCGGCUACCCACCCUUCGCCGGCGCGACCGUAGACGAAACAUGGCAGAAUCUCAAGCGCUGGCAAUCUGUUCUCCGCAAACCAGAAUACGAAGACCCGAACUACUUCCUUUCCCGCCGAACCUGGGAUCUGAUAACCCGCCUCAUAGCACCCAAAUCCAACCGGCUCCGCGGGAUGAAAGCAGUGCAAGCCCACGAUUACUUCCGCGAGGUCUCUUGGUCCGGUUUGCGAAGCGAACGUGCUCCCUUUGUGCCGGAGUUGGACUCGGAGACGGACGCGGGAUAUUUUGAUGAUUUCGGGAGUGAGAAGGAUAUGGCCAAGUAUAAGGAGGUGUUGGAGAAGCAGGAGGCGUUGGAACGGAUGGCGGAGCGGCCGGGCGGGGAGAAUGGGAGGCAGAUGUUUGUCGGGUUCACUUUCAAACAUCGGAAACCCGCCACCGACGCCGAGACAGGCAAACCGGCUAGUCCGCGGAAGCCGUUGAGUAAUGUGGCGGAGGAGGCCUUUGGCACGAUCUUCUAG